UAAAACUGGUCACGACUGCUAUCGGUUAUAUCCCACCAUCUUCCAUUGAUUUUUGUUUUUGAAGCCCGAACAAUGCCUAAAGGAGAAGAUGCGAUUAUCAGAAAGAAGAACAAAUCGCUCAGGAAGAAAAUGCGCAGCGAUUCAGCCAAGGUUUCUAAUCGCAUAGCCGCCAUUAUCGCACAGAAAAAGCGUCGUCAAUCAGGCAAACGCAGAAUGUGUCAGGGGAUGUGUUUUAGUCUACCCACUCCAAAGGAUCCUUUUAAUGACAAACAAAACAAUAUUGAUAUUAUUAAGGACAAAAAGUUGAAGACCAAGAAAGUUUGGCCAUCAAAGGAAGUUAAUAAUUCGACCGAAGAACACGGUAAUGGUAACGGUGCUUCACAGAACAAGCGAAAGGCUAGCGGGGAUCAUCAGUCGAAUGGGAAAAACCAGGAACAGAAACGGGCAAGGGUCAAGAAAGAGUCAACACGGUCGGAUAAAGAAAACACCAAGGAUGAAGCUUGCCCGUCAAAAUUCUUAAUUUCAUGUUUGAAGACGAUACAAGACGCGAUGCAUCACGUAGAAACAUUUGAAAGGGGAAAGCCUUUGUUCUUUGAUUCAUGGGGGUUUGAAUAUUGGAGAUGUUAUUCAAGUGGCAAACACGUGUUGGAGACGAGUGGACAUGCUACCAUGGAACAGAUUGCUUGGAUAGGAUCAACUGCAGUCGAUACCAUAACAAAAAAGGAAAAAGACGGUGUAUCUUUCACCAACCCCUACCUUUUGUUCAUUGUGCCAUCUCAAGAGAAAGCAGUACAGGUACGCUGUGUGUGCAAGCCUUUGAAAGCGUUUGGAAUACAUACAGUGAGUCUACAUCCUGGGGCUUCCAAAGAUCAUCAGGUUCACGGAUUAAAGAGUUGUGAACCUGAGUUCCUUAUAUGCACGCCAGAUAGACUUUUGGAGCUUGUUUCCAUGAAGGCUGUUGAUAUUUCUGGUGUUUGUUCACUGAUUAUUGAUGGACUGGAAUCUUCUUGUGGAGAUGCUUAUCUUGACAGCAUAAAAUCUAUUCAGCAACAUAUUUCUGUUGACCCACAUACUGUGGUUUUCUGCAGUGGGUUGACCGAUACAUAUUUAGCUUCAGUGUCAAGUCUUUUGCAAAAACCAACGUGUAGAUUGUCAGUUGAGUAGAAUUUUCAAAUCGUUAUUUAUGCAAAGCGAGAAUGAACCUACAGUUUCUGUGAACGAUACAUACGAAGCUGAUUUAAGUGAUGCUGAGGUGGUAUUGCAGUAGACGAAUGCAAAGGCAAAUUACAUGUCACUUAGGCUCAGAUAAGAUGUCAAAUCGCAGGCACCAUUAGCCCAUGUUCUUCAACAUUGAGCCUUCGUUACAAAAACAUCAGUUUUAUUGAUCUCAAAAGUGGACUCGUCUUUUUUUUACCAUUGUAUUUGUAGUUCUAUUGCAAACAAGAUGUUUAUUUAUUUUUUAUUUUUAUGAAAACGAGAAGAGCCCAUCAUAGCAUAUACUUCAUUGUUGUUUG